AUGACAAUCACAGCAUCAGCAGAUGCCUCCGUUCUUGCCUCUUGCACAACCUACAGCGGCUCCGUCGCUAUUCCGACUGGCCUGGCCACCCCACAGGACACCAAUGGCCAUCAGCAGCUAUCCGUCGACGGUGUACAAGUCAUUACUGGCAAUCUGACCGUCACUAAUGCUAUUAUGCUUUCUAGCUUGUCCUUCGGGGACCUCAAGCAACUUGGUGGCUUUGAGCUUGGAGGGUUGACCGUUCUGUCCGAGCUGUCGUUUCCUCAACUCACGCAGGUCUCGUCGAUGAACUUCACCGCUCUACCCGCGUUACAACAGAUGUCAUUUGGAGGCUCUGGCAUUAGCCAAGCUGAUAGCGUUCUCAUCACCAACACAGGACUUAGCUCGCUGCAAGGUAUCAACAACUUGCAGUCGGUCUCCACCUUCAAUGUCAACAACAAUGCGGCUUUGCAAAACAUCAGUCUGCAGGUCACCAGCAUCAAGAACUCCCUUGACAUUGAGGCUAACGAUGGCUUCGUGUCUGGGCUCACUACUACUUUCCCCAUGCUCGAGACUGCUCAGAAUAUGACUUUCCGCAAUUGCAGUUCAGUUCUCCUGCCAUCGCUUGCCAAUGUCACACAGGAUUUGGGAUUCUACGGCAACACCAUGACGUCUUUUGCAGCACCCAACCUGACCACUGUUGGCGGUCUCAUCUUCGUCGACAAUACUGAUUUGACCAACAUUUCGAUCCCAGGGCUUGUGUCCGUUAACGGCAGCUACCAGAUUGCAAACAACACUAUGUUGAAGCAAAUCAACGGAUUCCAGAAGCUUUCGGUUAUCAAAGGUGCCCUGGACUUCAACGGCAACUUCACCGAGGUCGAUCUUCCUACUCUAACUCAGGUGCAAGGUGCUUUCAACAUACAAAGUUCUGGUCAAUUGGACUGCAGCGCGUUCCAAGCCGACAAAACUAGCAAGCAGGUCAUCAAGGGUAACUUCGUUUGCUCAGGUAGCGUUUCCAAGCCAGGAGGUGCCGGUACCAAGGCAUCGGCCUCAAGCACUUCCAAGCCCACUGGCAAGAGCUCUGCUGGCCACACGGAGGUCAACUUCCCCGCAGUCAUUGGUGGUACAUCCUUCAUCGCAGGGCUGUUACAACUUGUUCUGUAG